UAAUUUUUUAACCAACUUAUCAGUUGUGAUGUAUUUAAAUUAAAAAUUAUAGGCAAGAUAAUGGUUGAUAAAUCUUUGAUUAUUUAAAGUUCUCUAUGAAACUAUAUAACAAUGAUUACGUUGUUUCAUCUAUAUAUUCUUGUAUGUUUUCUUAUAUCUCCUAUAUAUUCCGUCCUUUCAAACGACGGAAUCUGUGUAACAACAAAGAGAGAAAAAGAAAUUAUUACUUUAUCUUCCGGAAAAACCAUUGAAAAAGAAGUUUGGAUCCUAGUAGAAGAAUGCUGUAAAGGUUACAACCGUUACAACAACGUAUCCAACAAAUGUGAACCGAUUUGUGAACCAAAUUGUCGAUUUGGAACUUGCGUAUCACCGAACGAAUGUCAAUGUUUCCCGGAAUAUCACGGAAAACUCUGCGAAAAGGAAAGCACAGAUUGCAAUGACGGCUUUUGGGGCGCUAAUUGCACCAAAGAAUGUGAUUGCAACGGAUUUAACUGUCGUCAAAUGAAUGGAAAAUGUAUGUGUGGAGAUGGAUUUAUGGGAAAACACUGCGAAAGUGAUUGUGGUAAAAAUACCUUUGGAUUUAAUUGCACCAGCAUUUGUGAUUGUGUUAAUGGUGUUUGCAAUAAAAUCACCGGAAGUUGUACUUGCUAUUUCGGAUAUAUGGGGAAAAAUUGUUCGAUAAAAAUUCCCGAAAGCACAACAACCAUAAAAAUAUAUACUUCAAGUCCAGAUGAAAAUAACAAUAUAUUUAUUAAUCCAAUUAUUUCAUAUUGCAUCCUCGGAAUAGUUUUGUUAACCGCAAUUAUAAUUGUAAUUUAUUUCCAAUGUUUGAAAAGAAAAUCUUAUGGAAUGGUAAAUUUAUAUGCAGCGAAAAUGGCUUUACCAGCACCUAAUCCUGGUAGUUUUGAAAAUAUUAGUGAUCACGAUUACGAAUCGAUUCAAUACGCACCAUUACCUAAGCACAUUUCGGAUCCUAAAUAUUAUCGGGGAUAUGAGAUACCAUGUACUGUUCCGAUCAAUGCCAAAUACAGUUAAAGUUGGAGUUAAUAAAGC